AUGAACGAAACGGGUCUCUACCCGGCUGAACACAAUAAGGUGACCAGCGACUCCAUAUUCCGCAUCAUGUCUGUCUCCAAAAACUUCGCCAUGACUUCUGCUCUUGUCGUGGAGACCAAAUCGAAAUUGGUGUCCCCAAAUAACUACUCCCUACUGACCAUGAACACACCCGUUCGCCUUCUUCUCCCGAGCUUCGGACUUCCUGAGAGAGACUGGAAUGAUGGUGGCAGCGAAAUUACGUUGGCCAUGCUUGCGAGUCACACCGCGGGCUUUUCUAGAGAGAGCUAUAGUACGGGAUUCAACAUGAUUCUCAGUACUGGAAAGGCAGAUCUGCCGACAAUUGGUGCCGCUUGGGCGGGUGCAAGUGCAGACGAGGUCAUCGAGUUUGCUAAAAGGACGAAUCUGAUAUUUGCGCCCGGAAAGAGAGCUGCGUACUCGAAUACGGGCAUAUCUAUUCUUGCUUCCGCUGUUGCGGCUUACUACAACAACAUUACGGAUUUAGACUUAUCGUGGAGUCAGUUGGUUACUAGAGAGAUAUUAGCGCCCCUGAAUAUGACGCACAGCUUCUUUGGCACUGUACCGCAAGAUUUGGAGCCUUAUAUCGGAGUACCCGGUGGCCAGAACUGGGCUGGUCUAAUCGUUGGUAAUGGGUAUGAGCCAGCAGCCGGGAUGUGGAGCUCGGCAGUCGAUCUCACGAGAUACAUACACUAUAUGUGGCUCCAACCCUCCCCCACUCUGAUUACCCCGUCCCAACGCCGCCAGGUCCUGAAGCCUGUCGCCAUCCUUCCAGACGGAAUACAACAAGCUGGCCCAGGUUGGGAAAUCGAAGUCUUUAGUCUGCCUACCAGUUCCAACGCCACACUAGUCGAUAUGACAAAGAUUUACAGCAUCUACGGCAAAUCAGGUGAUGGUGGAGGCUGGCACUCAUGGAUUGAUACCAUUCCCAAUCUAGGAUACGGGAUCGUUGUGCUAACGCAGCAAUCCGGUCUAGCAGACUAUGUAUCGAUCUCGACAGCACGGACUCGCGAAAUUGCCCAUGAUAUCCUUGCCCCUGCUUUCGCGAAGGCUCUGAGUGCACGAGUAGCGGAGCGCUUCGCGGGGAACUACACUCAAGGAAAAGAUACGAGUUUAUUCAGUGAUGAAGUGCCACGCAAUGCCUCACACACUUCAACGUAUGCAAAACUGGAAGUCAAAGAUCAAAUCUUGUACCUUCGCGAGCUCGUGGUGAACGGGACGAGUGCGCUGGAAGCGUUAGACCGUCUAAGCUGGACGGAAACCUCUCAACGGAGGUUAUUUUCUACGCCUCAAGGCGUUGUGCUUGAGCCUGCUGAAGGUGCGGCAGAGACUGCAGAAUUCGGUGAAGGGACGCAGAUUUGGAGAAUGAACUUUCCUGGAUUAAAAGUUUGUGACUGGUUUGACUUUGAUGGAUACAAAGAUAGUAGGGGGUGGCCAUUGAGUAAAGUGGUACUGGUGGAGACGAACGGCGGAGUUGAGUUACGUUAUCCACCAUUUGAUGUGGUGAUGACUAGGGCGUUGACUCAAAACGGAGGAGGGGACAAAUCUAGUCCCUCAACACUCAGUCGAAAACUAUCCAUCCUCGAGUAA